ACAUCAGUCAGCUCCAGCAAUCCAAUCCAGAAACAUGCAGAACUCGAGCAUCCUAAUCGUCGCCCUCGUGGCGCUCUCCGCUUUAACAGAGGCCGUUCCUUACGGAAAUGAACGUCGUCAGCCCACUUCAGGCCCCAUCCGUUUUCGCCGCCAGGUGCUUGGAGGUUCCCUGGCCUCCAACCCCGCUGGUGGAGCUGAUGCUCGUCUGGAUCUCUCCAAGGGCAUUGGUAAUACCAACCACAAUGUGGUGGGUCAGGUUUUCGCUGCUGGAAACACACAAAGCGGCCCGGUUACCACUGGAGGCACUUUGGCCUACAACAACCAUGGUCAUGGUGCCUCUUUGACCAAAACCCACACUCCCGGGGUAAAAGACGUUUUCCAGCAGGAGGCACACGCUAAUAUCUUCAACAAUGGCAGGCAUAAUCUGGACGCCAAGGUGUUCGCCUCCCAAAACAAACUGGCCAAUGGCUUCGAGUUCCAGCGCAAUGGAGCCGGUCUGGAUUACUCCCACGUCAAUGGACACGGUGCUUCCUUGACCCACAGCAAUUUCCCAGGCAUCGGCCAGCAACUGGGCCUGGAGGGACGGGGCAACCUCUGGUCAUCGGCGGAUAGGGCAACCCGCUUGGAUCUGACGGGAUCGGCCAGCAAGUGGACAAGCGGACCAUUCGCAAGCCAGAAGACUGACUUUGGAGCUGGUCUGGGUCUCUCCCACCAUUUUGGAUUCACCAGAGCAAACCUUUCCCCAUUAGAGAGGUAUAAAAGCGAAUCGAUAGCCACCUUCGGACAUCAGUCAGAUCCAGCUAUCCAAUCCAGCAACAUGCAAAAGUCAAGCAUCUUAAUCGUUGCCCUCGUGGCCCUCUCCGCUUUAACAGAGGCAGUUCCUUACGGAAAUGAACGUCGCCAGCCCACCUCAGGCCCCAUCCGUUUCCGCCGCCAGGUGCUUGGAGGUUCUUUGGCCUCCAACCCCGCUGGUGGCUCUGAUGCUCGCUUGGAUCUCUCCAAGGGUAUUGGAAAUCCCAACCACAAUGUGGUGGGUCAGGUUUUCGCUGCUGGAAACACACAAAGCGGUCCGGUUACCACUGGAGGCACUUUGGCCUACAACAACCAUGGUCAUGGUGCCUCUUUGACCAAAACCCACACUCCCGGGGUAAAAGACGUUUUCCAGCAGGAGGCACACGCUAAUAUCUUCAACAAUGGCAGGCAUAAUCUGGACGCCAAGGUGUUCGCCUCCCAAAACAAACUGGCCAAUGGCUUCGAGUUCCAGCGCAAUGGAGCCGGUCUGGAUUACUCCCACGUCAAUGGACACGGUGCUUCCUUGACCCACAGCAAUUUCCCAGGCAUCGGCCAGCAACUGGGCCUGGACGGACGUGCUAACCUCUGGUCCUCACCCAAUCGUGCCACUACUUUCGAUCUGACGGGAUCGGCCAGCAAAUGGACAAGUGGGCCGUUUGCCAACCAGAAGCCCAACUUUGGAGCAGGUCUGGGUCUGACUCAUCACUUCGGUUGAAGAAUAGUCACUUAUAUCCAUAUUUAUCUAACUUAAAUUUAAUAAAAUAAUUAUUUCAAAUGAA